CACAAGGUCAUCUGGCGGCCUUUCAACAAACUUUACUGGAUGGACGAGAAUUGUAAUGACAGUUGUAAAAUCAGACAGUUUGACUUCAGGAAAGUCCUCGAAAACACCUGCUGGUGGCUCUUGGGGGGAAGUCAGUGCCCAGUAUUCGGAAGAUUACCAUGAAGAAGCAUCCGGUUGUUCAGAAUAUCUAAAUAAUAUUCAGUAUUCGGAAGGUUAUCAUGAAGAAGCAUUCGGCUGUUCAGAAUAUCUGAAUAACAUUCAGCUUAUUGAGAAGGUGCAAGCUAUGGCGAAUAGAGCUGAAGAAGUUGCACGUCAUUUAUGGAUGAGUGGAUGGGAAGUGGUGAACUUUCAUAGAUUGCCUGCAUGGUUAAAAGACAACGAUAUGUUGCUACAUGGUCAUCGACCUCAGUUAAACAAUGUAUGGGCUUGUUUAAAGUCCAUAUUUCGUAUUCAUACUGAAACUGGUAAUAUAUGGACACAUCUUAUAGGUUGUUUCAGCUUUACCGUCAUAUUAAUCUUUGUACUUUCACAGCCAAGCAGCUUAUUACAAUGGCAGGAUAAACUUGUUUACUCAGUGUUCAUUGUUGGAGCAGUAUGCUGUCUAGGAUUCUCCUGUCUUUUUCAUACAAUAUCUUGUCAUUCUGAGCAUGUGGCAAAAAUUAUGAACAAACUGGAUUAUACUGGAAUAGCUGUCUUAACAAUAGGCUCCUUUGUGCCUUAUUUAUACUACUCAUUUUACUGUGUAUUUUGGGCUAAAGUGUUUUACUUGGCCUUAAUCGGAGUGUUGGGUAUUGCUGCAAUUAUUAUUUCAAUGUCAUCAAAAUUCUCCACUCCUCCUUAUCGACCUUUAAGAGCGGGAGUUUUUAUAGCUCUCGGUCUUUCAGGUGUAAUCCCAUCUGUGCACUCUACCAUUUUAAAUGGAUUUUGGCAAUCAGUCAAUCAUCUUUCAUUUGGUUGGCUUGUUUUGAUGGGUGUACUUUAUAUCUCUGGUGCUUCCAUUUAUGCUGCACGUGUACCUGAACGAUGUUUCCGCGGUCACUUCGAUUUGUGGUUCCAAAGUCAUCAAAUUUUCCAUGUAUUCGUCAUUGCUGCAGCGUUUGUUCACUAUCAUGGAGUAGUUCAACUUUCUACUUAUAGAUUAUCAGAAGGUGAUUGUCGUCCAUCGGAUGAGAUUCUUACCAAGGAAAAUUUCAGUAUACCCUCGUAUAUAUUACAUGUUAUUAAUAACCCUUGAGUAAAAGAAGGCAAAUCAAUGUCGAAGCUUAACAAAUGCUAAUACAUAUCAGUCGAAUGGUAAAGAAGGUAAUCUUAAGGGAGAAUAAAACUCGUCAAAUAAUUGUUAUUGCAUUUUUUUUCUUAUUGCUACCAUUAGUUGCGCUGUUUCUCGGCAAGCUAUUGUGAUAUGUAUACGUAUGUUACAAAAUGAACAUUAAUGAAUUAACUAAUACCUGAACAACUGGCAAGAAUGUUUAAUUAUCAUUAACCUGAUUUGUUUUUCUAAAACAUACGGAGAUGUAAAGUAAAACAAAACAAUCUCUAUCUGGAUCAGUUAAUUUUCCUCUAAUUUUAAAAUUAUGAAUUUUGUUUUCUUUUUUUUAAAGAACCUAUUUUAACUUAAUAGUUUUUGUGGGGGGGGGACAUUUAGUUCUUUAGUAAUAAAUGAAUAUAUGUGUGCUCUAUGUACUCAGGAUACUAGUACUUUAAUGUAAACCUGAGAAAAACAGGUGUACAUUCAACUACCACAACUAUUUUUACCAACAGUUAAUUUACAGAACGUUUUCCUGUUCCACAAUAGUGAACUAUGAUAAGCUUCUGUAUGGUUGGCUUUAUUUGUUAAGCAAUUUUCACAAGUUAUUUUCUGUUUACUAACGGUAAGUAUGUAUAAAUUGUGUAGUCUUCUUUCAGUUUAUGUCACUCAUAUUACAUGGAACUUCGUAAUUAUUUGGCGCAUUUUAGAAUCUAUUUUUUGUAUUUACGUGUUCACCUUUUUCUUUCAGUUAAUGCCGCUAAUCGGUUUCUUAUCUGAAAUGUUAUAAAUUAUUGUUGCAUUACGAAACAAUAAUUUAAAAGACUAAAUAUAUGUUAAAAUAGUAGGAAACUCCAGAUUGUAUUUAGUGUGAUAUCUGUUCAGUAUAAUAUUCUCUUGUAUCAGUUUGGUGUGUUACUCAUUUAAUAUAACAUACAGCACCCGUUUGUUUAUAUUCAGUGUAAAAUCUACUUUUUAUUAUUUUCAUUCACUAAUUAUCGUAGGCCAGUGAAGUCUGUAAAAACGAGUGUAGUUGGUCUAUAAUUUGUCUUCUUUACGGGGUUUAUGUAAGAUUGUCAAUGUGCUCUCAGUCGUUGUCUUCUUCCGUACGUCGUGAGAAUCUAAGUUUUCCUAUUGCAAUUACCAGUUUUCC